UAAACCAACUGUAAUUUUAGAAAAUUAUUUCAAGUUGACACGGUUCGUGACACAUAUUGCAAUGUUUACUAGUCGGAUAGUAUCAAGACUUUUCUGUAAAGAUGCUCCUGUUGCAAUAUAUCAAAAUCUUUAUGCAUCGAAACCCUCCGUCAGAAACAGAAUCAAAGUGGACAAUUUUAAAACUUAUGAAGAAUUGGGCAAAAUAAAACAACAUGUCUUCCGAGAGCAUUCGGAUGAGGCGGGAUUGGGUCCUAUACCAACUGUAGACGAAUGCGCCAAGGCUGGAACGUACAAAAAUCCGGAGUACUUUUCCUACCACAAUUACACUUACUACGACUUCGAAGUUGGUAUUCAGUGCUGGCACUUACCUCAACCUAGCGCAUUUGAAGAUAAUGAACGGCAGAUAAACGUACUGAAGAGUUGUAUGGAACCAGUACCGUCUGAUUGUGGUUGUCCCGCUCCACCUCCGAGCUGUUCCGUAGAAUGCAUGAAACAGAAUGCAACCGAAGUUCAGAAUAGCAAAAAUAACUCAAAAAACCAAGCAGAAGGUUCCUGUAAAAAAUCAAGAGAUGAAUCUGUGGUAGCGGUCUUGGAAGAAAACAAAGAACGUCCAUAAUAGAAAUCAGCACGGUUUGAGUUUCAUUGAGUGUAAACCGAUAUUUUUUUGGAGUAAGUAUGUAUACUAUACGGUAUCACAGAAUGAAAUUAAAAUAGUAUAAGAUAAUGAUUUUCAGUCCAAUUUCUAAGUUAUGUUAUAUUAUAAAUUGUUUGCAAUAGUUUUCGUAAUGUAUCAAAUUUUGAUACAUUUGAUGGAGUAA